AUGGUGUGUACAAGGGCACGAGAUUACGGGCAUAAUCAAAAAUUAUAUCAACGAUAUGAAGACGGUGAUGAUGAAGAAAUUUAUUAUGACGAUUAUAGUAAAUUUGAUAGUGAUACAUUAAUGAAUACGUCAGUGAAUACAUCAUUGAAUUCAUACACUAGAACAACACCAUCAUCGACAACAUUUACUAUACCACGAACAUCACCUUCAAUAAUUUCUAGUACCACCACUGCAGUAUCCUGGAGACAACAAAAACCAAAGCGAGUUACAUUAAAAUUAGUUUUUGUUAAUCAAGAUGAAGAACAUUUAUAUAAUUGUGCGGCAUUUCCGAUACGUAAUAAUGAAUUAGAACUUUAUGGUUCAAAAUUUUCCGAAAUAAGGAAUCGUUAUCAAAAUCAUCAACGAAUCAUUCCUCCAUUAAUUAGAGAUGAACGUAGAAUAAUUCCUAAAUUAAUUAGAGAUGAACGAACCGUUAAUGAUUUAUUGGAUGAAUUUAAUAAUAAUGAUAUAUGUGAUCAUACGUCACCGUCGCUUAAUAGAUCACAAAUCAUUCGAAUUAUUUAUAAUAUUUGGGGAUUAAUGGUAACAGCCAUUAAUAAUUUUACAGAUGGAGUAAUAGAAGUCAUACCAAGUUUAAAAACCAUUAAAUUAUUAAUGAUUUUUGCUUUUAUAUUAUUAACAUUUAUUUGUAAUUCGAAUUAUGACUUUUCAAAUUUAAAUAAUGCCGAAACUUAUGAAUCCAUAACAUCUAAAAUAUGGUCAUUAUUAAGUUCCAAUAAUAAAGCAUCAUAUACAAUACAACAAAUUCUUGAUGCUCAACAACAAGUUUCACCUGAGAUGACAGAAAAGAAAGUUGAAGAUAUGUUAAAUAAAUUUGUUCCAUCAAUAGUUCAUAAUGUUUUAAGGGAUGAAAUGAUGAAUGUUCAAUUACCUGAUACUGAACAACUUAAUGAAUUCGUUGCAAAAGUCGCUCAUCGAAUAUUUAUGGAAUAUGUUAAAUCCGAUAUAUUGAAUAUACCAGAUUUCGCAUUAAAUUCAGGUGGUGCAAGAAUUAUACCUUCUUAUACUAGUCGAAGUUAUUUAGAAAUGCCAAAUUCUUUUAUGGGAAAAGUUCGUGCAAGAAUAACUGGACGAGGGAUGAUAGUAGGAUUAUCACCAACCAUGGCAAUAACUGGUGAUAAUUCAUUAGGUAAAUGUUUCUCAUUUUCCGGAGAUAAAGGUCAACUCGCAAUACAAAUUAGUCGAUCAAUUUAUAUUACUUCUGUUACAUAUCAACAUAUUGAUAGAACAUUAGCAUUGGAUGAUGAUAAUUUACGAAAAGCAAAUAAUUUCAUAAAGUUGGGAGAAUAUAUUUAUGAUUUGGAAGGUCCACCUGUACAAAAUUUUGCUAUUGAACAUGUCAAUGGAAAAAUUUACAUAAACGAACCAAUAGAAAGAAUAGAAAGAAUAGGGGGGAAUGUUUUGGAAUUAGAAACAAGAAAUUCAACAACAACAAUCAUCACCAGUAAUGAUGAUGAUAAUUCAACCGUCACUCUUGCCACUUCAACGAAUAGAAAAAAGUUAAAUAAGAGAAAUGUCAAAGAAAAAAAGAAUAAAAAGCCAGUUAAAAAACAAAAAUUUGAAAAAAAUCAUUCGGAAGUUAAGGAAGAAGAAGAAAAUUCUUCAAUUCCUAUGGUUUUUGCGGCCGUAAGUACUAAAGACGACCCAAAAUUACCAUGCUUAACUUUUCGAUUUUGGAUUUUGAGCACUUUCUUUACUACACUUGGUGCCACAUUGUCGGAAUUUUAUUACUUUCGUUCAAACGGAAUUAGCUUUUCAAUAUUUUUCGUAUUAAUAGUAUCUUACGUAAUUGGUAAAUGGAUGGCAAAAGUAUUUUCAAAACGAAAAUUUAAAAUUGGAAAAUAUGAAUUUAGUUUGAAUCCAGGUCCAUUUAAUAUCAAUGAACAUGUUUGUAUAGUUGUCGCUGCUGGUGCGGGUGGAGGAUCAGCAUAUGCAACGGAUAUUAUUGCCAUUCAAGAACUUUUUUAUAAAACUAGUGUCAGUUUUAUAAAAGGUUUUUUAUUACUUAUGAGUACUCAAAUUCUUGGUUAUGGACUUGCAGGAUUUCUUCGGAAAUAUCUCGUUCGACCAGUGAAUAUGAUUUGGCCAUCAAAUUUGGUUUUUGCAUCUAUGUACAACACAUUACACGGAAAUGCUUCCGAAACACGUGACAAACUUCGAUUUUUCUUGAUAGCAUUUAUAACAAUGUUUAUUUGGCAAUUUAUACCUCAAUAUAUGUUUACUUGGUUAAAAAGUAUGGCACUUUUAUGUGUUUUUGCUCCUAACAAUAAAUUAAUUAAAAAAUUGAGUAGUGGAUAUCAAGGUAUUGGAAUUUUAAAUUUUACUCUUGAUUGGAAUGCAAUUGGUCAAUCUGGUCCUUUGUUCACUCCUUGGUGGGCUCAAGUGAAUUGGUAUUUUGGUGUUAUUCUCGGUACAUGGAUUAUAGCGCCAUUAUUAUACUAUAAUAAUUUCUUAGAUGCUCAAAAAUUUCCAUUUUUGUCAACAUUUCCACUUGACAAAUAUGGAGAAAGAUAUAACCAAACUCAAAUCGUAGACCAAACCACUUGGUCUCUAAAUGUUACAGCUUAUCAAAAUUACAGCCCAGUAUAUUUAUCAGUUACUUUUGCAGCGACGUAUCUAUAUUCAUUCAUGUCAUUAACUGCAGCGAUGAGUCACGUGUUAUUGUUUUAUGAAAUUCCAAAUACAUGGUACGCUACACUCUUUGUUGGGAUGUUAAUAAUUGCGAUCAUUCUUGGCUACAUAACAGAGGCAAAUUUACCAUGGUGGGGUUUACUAGUGGCUAUAUCUUUGGCAGUGAUUAUGGUUCUCCCAAUUGGAAUUAUUCAAGCAAUUUCAAAUAAUCAAGUUGGAUUAAAUUUAAUUAUCGAAAUGAUUUGUGGCUACAUUCUUCCAGGUCGUCCUAUUGCAAAUGUUUAUUUCAAAUGUUAUGGUUAUGUGGCAAUGUAUCAAUGUCUUUUAUUUUUAUCAGAUUUGAAAUUGGGACAUUAUAUGAAAAUUCCACCAGAAAGCAUGUUUAUAUCUCAAUUAUGGGGUACAGUCCUAGGUGGAUUUGUAAAUUUCUGGAUGCUCAAAUUAAUUAUUAAAAUAAAAAGACCAUUUCUUGAUGGAACUUUACGUGAUCCAUCUGGAAAAUGGACAGGUUAUUCCUCACAAGUUUUUAAUACUGCUUCAAUUGUAUGGGGAUUAAUUGGACCUGCUCGAACAUUUGGAUCGGGUUCAAUGUAUCAACCACUCUUAUGGGGUUUUUUAAUAGGUUUCUUGGCUCCUAUACCAUUUUAUUUACUUCAUCGUAAAUUUCCAAAAGUUAGAUUUGAUCUUGUAAAUGUACCAUUGAUUUGUGUUGGAUUAAGUUUUUUACCUGAAUAUUAUACGAAUUUCAUUUUAACCGGAUUUGUUGCAACACAAAUCGUAACAAUGAUCAUUUUCUUUUGUCUUAAUGGCGUUGUUCAGGUUUCAUUUCCUGAAUGGUGGGGAAAUAAUAAAGAAUCUCAAGGUGAACGAUGUUUUGCGCCGGAUUAA